AUGGUGGUCUUUGGGGGCUCGAAUGGCAUGAGGCGCCACAACGACGUCUUUGAGUUUCACAUGGCGCCCAAGAUUCCGCCCUGCUCGCUGAGCGCCGACCUCGAGGCGAUCUUCGAAAGCACCCAGCGUGAGGAGGCGAUGCAGCGGUCCUGUGACCUGUUCUUGGCGGCUGGUGACAGCGACUGGAUCCACGGCGUGUACUGCCACCAGCACGUCAUCCUCGUCCGGUGCCCCCCGCUCUUCCGGCUGGUGCAGGAGCGGGGCAACGGCAUGCCAAUAGUGGAGGGCUUCAUGGCGGAGCCCCGAGGCGGUAUGGAGGAAGAGCUGGACACGCUCUUGCGGGUCGUGAAUGAUGCGGAGAGCGGUGGCAAGAAGGCCUCGCGACGGUCCUACCUGGUGAUAUGA